CGAACCCUGAGACCAUGACCUGAGCCGAAGCCGGACGCUUAACAGACAGAGCCACCCGGGCGCCCCAAGCCGGGCAUUUCCAGCUUGCACUUGCCCUUGCACUGCUCUGCAUCAGGCUGAGCACACUGGCUGCUCUUCCUCCCAGAGGCCCCAGAGUGCUCCCUCCUCAGGGUAAAUCGGACCAGGCCCUCCCUGCCUCUAAACACCCCCGGGACACCCCGCUGCCCACAGAGAGAUGCCCGAGUCUUUGUCCUGGCGCUCGAGGCCUGCACUCAUACGGCCCCGGCUCACCUUCUGUCCUCUGCCCUCACUUGCCCUCCAAGUGCCCGCGGGGCUGGCCACUCCCUUCGCCUGUCCUGCCGGUGCCGCGGGGCUUUGACCCCAAGGCUGCCUCCGCCCGCUGGAAGCCUGUGCUCAGGUCCGCCGGCGGGGGUCCUCCAUUCCUGAGUCAACUGACCCGGGUCCCGAGUGGGCUCCCUCCCACAGGACAUGCUUCUUCCCUUCGGGGCCUUGGUGCACUCCUUACCACUCCAGUUUUGGAUUUGGACCCGGUCUUGAAUCCUGACUCCGGCGCCUCCCAUACGUGAGGCCUGGAUGAGUUCCUCUACCUUCCGGAGCCUCUGUCUCAUCAUCCACAAAAUGGGCACGGUGAUGCCCACCUCCUAGGGUUACCGGGAUGGUUGGGCCGGCUAGGGUGACGUGACCCAGAGCGCGGGCGAUACCCGGAGCAGCACUGGCCCCCCAUCCCCUCUGCCUGGCGGGCUCUAGGUCCCUGAUUAACGUCUGCUGUCCUCAGAAAGGAGGCAUAGAACUUGAUUCACCACUGAGAAUUUAUAUUUCUGACGGUCCUGCCCGGAAAUCUCGUUUUAUCUCUCUGUGCGCAGCAUUAAGCGUUCAAUUCCAGGUGACUUUUCCGCAACUUUGUCUUGCUUUGGGUGAGUUCUGGCAUGCCAGCUUGUAAAACGAGAGGCGUUCAUUCAUAUUGUAUGAUGUGUGUGCCAGUGAAACCCAAGGCCUCAGAAAUACUCAUAAAUCAUUCACCUGUUCUUGCCCUCCUCAGAGGGUGUUGUCCCACACAAUCUGAAGGCACCGCGGCCUCCUGGAAAUCUCCAGAAAGUCAGAGUCGCAGAUCCACUUCGUGGCCUGAAGUCUUGACCCGUGAACUUUUGCACGCGAUGGAGCCCGCAGCCAGAGGGCGGACUGAGAAAAGCUUCAGCUAUGUUGUCAGAGCCCCCGGCAGCGAUGGGUUUGAUGUGAUGAACGUUGACGUGAAGAUCGACACGUGCUGGGUAUUCCAGGACGUAGAGGACGGUGGUGAGGGGCCCGGCUGUCUUCCGGCAGCGGGAAGCCCAGACACGGAUGCGGGCGUGCUCAGGAAGCAGCUGGAAUCCUCAGAGCAGAAACUGCUGGCAGCUGUGGACAAGCACGUGAUGUCGGAGUCCAGGCUCAGAAGCAGAAUCCAGGAGCUAGAGCUGUCGGAGAGGCAGCUCCUCCAGAGUGUGGACCAGCUGAACGCCCGCGUGUUGCAGGAAAGGAGCGACGCUGCCCGGGCCCAGGAGAAGCUCCAAGCCCUGCGGGACGAGCUUGCCAGCCAGGUUCUGGAGAAGGAGCGCGCGGCCAGGCGGCAGCGGUGGCGGCUGCGGCGGCUGCGGGAGCGGCUGCGGCGCAAGGACGAGGCGCUGGGGCGGCAGGCGGCGGCCCUGGAGCGCUGCCGAGGGACACAGCGGCGCCAGCUGGCCCUGGUGCGCGAGCAGGAGCGCGGCCUGCGGGAGCAGGUGCGGCGGCUGGAGCGGGACCCGGGGACCCGGCUCCCUCCCGAGUGGUUGGAGGAAGCAUCCUCCCAGCUCCCUUCUUGUGUCUUCCUCAAGGACGCCCUGAGCCAGCUUCACGACGAGCCACUGGCCCUGCCAGGGGAGGGCGCCCUGGAUGCCUGCCGAAGCCGAGGCUUGCAGACCACCCUCUGCUCCCACGGCGCCCCUGGCCCGAGAAGCUCAGCAGGCCAGCCCUCCGAGGCGUGCUGCUCCUGGGACCGUGUUGGGGCCGGGCGAGGCCCCUGUGUUGUGGUGGCAGGCCUGGAGGCCACAGAUGAGACCCUGGAAGACGUCCCAGGAUCUGACCGUGGACGGCGGACUCUGGCUGAGCCCAGCUUGGAUGCGCAGACUUUUCUCCUCAUCUGUGGCUGCCCCCCCCGGCAGUACAGGGAUGGCUCACUCCUCCCCGUGGAGCUGGCCGGGAUUUCGGAGCAGAGGCUAGCAGCUGCCCAGGUCCUGGUGCAGACGUCCACACUCCCUCCCUGGGGGCCGGCCGGGGACCCCCCUUCCUUGCCGCCACUGCUCCUGCUCCGGGAGGCUUCUCCACAAGAAUCCCAGAUGCGACGGACGCUGGACGCCAGGUUCCCACCUGCUCCCAGAGCCGGAGGACCCACCUGCCGGAAUCCCCACUGGAGAAGGGACCAGAAUGCCUCCCUCUGCCACGAGCCCCCCCAGAUCUCAAGUCACAAAUUCAAGUCACCCAGAGAUGUGAAAGGCGCUUGGAAGGAGGGAGGAGGGCCCCCAGAGUGGAGAACCGAGGAGUGGGGGGCGAGGAGGAGUCGGGGCAGGAAGGAGGCAGACCUUGGUGACGAGAGCAAGCUAAGUCAGGAAAGCCGAGACAACCCGAGCCUGGGGGACGGCGUCAGAGCCCCAGAGGGCCAGCUGGUCGAGAACAGGGCCUCAGAAACCCAGGCCUCUGUCCCCUGCCCUUGGCCCAGGCCAAAGCUCCCAUGGCCUCUUUUGCAGGAGGAGGCCCCCGUGUCAACUGAGGGUCCCGCACCCCUGAGUAGGAGGUGGAGGGAGGGAGGGCUUUUGUCACCGGAGGAGGAAGAGGCCCCCCCAGCCAGGGCCCAGGGCUCCCAGAGGCCAAGUCCGGGAGGCACUCAGCUCCUUGCAGGGCAGGGAGAGGAGGAAACGCUCGUGUGGUCUGCAAAUGCUCCGAAUCUGCAAGAGGAAAGCCCUGGGGACCAAAGGCAAGGAGAGAAGGAGGAGAAAGCACCGCCUCUAGAAGGGUCUCCUCUGGCCCACAGGGAUGUCCCUGGGGAGCCUGGCCCCGAGGAACGUGAGCACCAGGAAACGCUCUCCCCGGUGGCGGAGGGAGGUCUGACACUGUCUCCCCGAUCGGCCUUUCCACCCAGGGGAACUGAACCUACCAGUGAUCCGUGGGCUCUGAGCCAACAACCUGACAGGUCUGAGCUCAGAAGAGACGAAUUUGGGAAGGAGGCAGAAGCUUCUUCCCAGCAACUCUCCCUCCUGCAGCGUGGGGGCGGGGGGCGAUGGUGGCCAACCUCCACGCCGGCUGGAGGAAGCAAGAGUUUGGCUCGGAAACAGCACAGCCCCCCAGAGAAUGCUCACUCCCAGCAGGCUUUGGCAAACCAGGGCUCGGAUAUUUGUUUGGCCAGAGAGGUCAGACCCGGGGGGACCGAUGAAGAGGUCGGACCAGGCGGGACGGAGGACCUGGGGACCAGCACCGUUCUCCCAGGGAUGGUGCCUGAUUCAGAUGACGUGGGUCCGGGUCCAGGGUGGCCCUCCGAGCUGGGUGGGAACCAGCCCUCCCAGCCACUGAGAGCCCUUGAAGAAGAGAGGAGAAGCUUUCACCGGCUCAUCUCUGGGCUGAAACGAGAGAGAAGCCAAGUUUUACGUGACAACGCCGAGCUGCGGGGCGACCGAGAGAGAUGCCGUCGAAAAGUGUGCGCCCUCGAGGAAGAGCAGGAGAGAAAUGUGACCAAGAUGGCGGUCCUCGAACAGGACAACAGCAUGCUGGUCGGAGACAUCGCGCUCUUGAAGAGGGAGCUGGCCCAAUACCGGCAGGUCGUGUCUGACCUGGAAGACUGCAACGGGAAAAGUUAUGGCAAAAUUUCCGAGCUCGAAGAGGAGAACGAGCAGCUGAAAGGGCGCCUGGCCCAGCUUCAGAGAGCCACGGCCGAGAGCGCCAGAAAAUCCAAGGGCGUGAUGGAGCACGUCACGAUGGAAAACCGGGAGCUCAAGGCGCUGAUCUCGGAGCUCGGGGUCAGUUACAAAGAGCUGAUGAAGGGCGUGGUGGUGGGGAUAGAAGACACGGUCCAGGCCUUCAGGGGGGAGAACGCCCAUCUUCUGAGCAGGAUCCGCGUCCUGGAGACAGAAGUCGCGUUGGGGGCCAGCACAGCUGGGGGCCGCUUGGUGAGAGCGGAGGAGGGUCCGCAGGGGGAAAGCAAGAUGGUGGGGGGCAAGGAGGGUGCUGUGGAAAGGGGGGUGCAGGUGACUCAGCUGUCAGGGCAACUGACCGCAGAAGCCCACGGGCCGCCCUUGGAGGAGAAACCAGGUCUGGCUGGCAGGUGGAUGGGGCCUUCCUUACGCACGGAGAAUUCCAGAAAUGAUGGCAAUUCAGCCGCUUCGUCGCUGGUGGGGGGAAGUGCCGAGGUAUCCAGUGCCCCGCGAGGGAACAUCGACGGAGCAGGAGCGAGAGAAGCACGUUUGGAAAAGGAGGAGAAAAGACCAUGGUGUUCUGCAGACCCAGGGCGAGCUCUGAGGGCAAGCAACGGCCCCCAGGGCACGGAGACAGACGCCCCCAAAGAGGACCUCAGGCUGUGCAUUGGGCACCUCCAGCACCAGGUGCUGACCCUGCGGUGCCAGCUCAGAGACCAGGCUUCUGCCCACCGGGUACUGCAGGUGUCACAUGGGGAAGCCACCCGCCUCCGGGACCAGCUCAAGGGCGAGCUUGAGGAACUUCAGAGAAAGCAACACGAGGCAAAUUCGGCCGUGGCUCCUUUGAAGGCCAAGCUGGCUUCUCUGGUCCAGAAGUGCCGGGAGAGGAACCGCCUCAUCACGCACCUGCUGCGGGAGCUGCACCGACGCGGGGCCGAGGAUCACCUGCUCUCCGAGAUGGCACGGGGCAUGGUGGACGACGUGGCACUGGCCGAGUACGCGGCCACCUUCCUGGCUCCGGCGCUCCCAGAGACCAGCCACCACCUGGACGUCGAGUCUGAGACGGCAGCAGCUGUAAGAGCUCAGACAUACCUCCCGAAGCCCAAAACAGACAGUGUCAUCAUCCAAAGACCUUUGCAUUCAGAGUCCUGGCCUGUUCCCGAGGCUGAGUGGCCAGCACAGAACACGGCUAGACCGGAUUCACCAAAGCUUCCCCCGCCCUCGGGGCCGACGCCUGGUCCCGGAGCGUGUCCGUGUCCGGCUGCAGCCGCCGUGGAGCCCGCGAGCCCUGCGCGACGCCCGCGGGGAGAAGGCGGGCUGUCCUGUCCCGUCCUCCGUGCCGAUGACCCCCCGCCACCCUCUGAGCUCCUGAGUCCUGCGAGGAUCCUGGCUUUCCACAAAGAGCUCACACAAAGCAUUCGCAGCAAUGCCCAGGUCCAUCGAUCACCGCUGGAGUUAUAAAUUUAAUAGAAGCGCUCACGCUCCGGGGCCGUUUCAUAGACUCCAUAAAUAUUUGAAGCCGAGCCUUCAGACACGGCUUUAAGGAAUUGGUAGCAAUCAAAGCCCUCAUUCGGUGGCAAGUGGUUUUGCCUCUGGCUCGGGGGUCUGUGCCGCUCGUCGGAGCUUGGGAGAAAUACGUGACUGUGCCCGACACAUUCCGAGAGCUUUGUCAAGGCAGCAAAGGGAAUAUUUACGUACCAAAACCUAUUGGAAGACUGGUCCGGUGGUUCUCAACUGGGCGUGAUUUUUCCCAACCAGGGAAAAAAAAUUGGCAACGUCCGGAGACAUUUUCUAUGGUCCUAACUCGGAAGCCGCUCCCGGCAUCUAGAGGGUAGAGGCCGGGGAUGCUGUUAAACAUCCCAUGAUGCACAAGGCAGUGUCCUAGAACACAGGUAAUCCAGCCCAGAUGUCAACAGAGCCAGGGUUGGGAACCCCUGAACUGGUCUAUCAGCUCCUAACAUUGACAGCCACAGAGACCUGUGUUAUUAUUUUCCUGCCCUUGGGGCCCCUCCCCGUGUGUGAAAAGAGUUUUGUCUACUAGAUGAAAUGUUUGAUUUAAGUAUUUAAUUAUAUAUUUUACACGUUAAGGCAUUAAAACCCAUCGGAACUUUC